GUGAGUUAUACUUUUCUCCUGUCAACAAGCGAAGAAACAAUCAAGAUGUCUGGACGUGGAAAGACCGGAAAAGCAAAGGCAAAGCCGAAAACUCGUUCCAGCCGCGCUGGACUGCAGUUUCCUGUUGGUCGUGUCCACAGGCUGCUGAGGAAGGGUAAUUAUGCUGAGCGUGUUGGUGCCGGCGCCCCGGUGUAUCUCGCGGCUGUGCUGGAGUACCUAACCGCUGAGAUCCUGGAGCUGGCUGGGAACGCCGCCCGUGACAACAAGAAGACCAGGAUCAUCCCCCGUCACCUGCAGCUGGCCGUUCGCAACGACGAGGAGCUGAACAAGCUGCUGGGCGGCGUGACGAUCGCUCAGGGCGGCGUGCUGCCCAACAUCCAGGCCGUGCUGCUACCCAAGAAAACUGAGAAAGCUAAAUAAAAAAAAAAAAAAAAAAAA